CUGUCAGCCCGUAGCGAGCGCUCAUAGCGUUGGCCACGUACCCGGGCCACGUCGCGGUGCUUUCGCCAUCUUUCAGUCAGGGAAUGCUGCCUUAUUUAAAAGCGUUGUAAGGGAAAACUUCAGCACUUCAAAGCGUCGGACAACCUGUCCUCCAGAUACACUUCAGUUACUCAUUCAUCAGAUAUACACAAACAUGAACAUUUUCAGACUGACCGGGGAUCUCUCCCAUUUAGCAGCCAUCGUCAUCCUACUCAUGAAAAUAUGGAAAACCAGGUCGUGUGCAGGAAUAUCUGGAAAGAGUCAGAUACUCUUUGCCCUGGUUUUCACCACUCGAUAUCUGGACCUUCUCACUUCAUUUAUUUCCUUGUACAACACAACCAUGAAGUUCAUCUAUAUUGCAUGUGCCUAUGCCACAGUUUACCUGAUCUACGUUAAAUUCAAGGCCACCUAUGAUGGCAACCACGACACUUUCAGGGUGGAGUUCCUGGUCGUCCCAGUUGCUGGCUUGGCAUUCCUUGUCAACCAUGAUUUCUCUCCUUUGGAGAUCCUUUGGACCUUUUCCAUAUACCUGGAAUCUGUGUCCAUCCUCCCUCAACUUUUUAUGAUCAGCAAAACUGGAGAAGCUGAGACCAUCACCACUCACUACCUGUUCUUCCUCGGUCUUUAUCGUUGCCUUUAUCUCUUUAACUGGAUCUGGCGUUUCUACUCUGAAGGCUUCUUGGACCUGAUAGCCAUUGUGGCAGGGAUCGUUCAGACAAUCCUGUACUGUGAUUUCUUUUAUCUAUAUAUUACAAAAGUGUUGAAAGGAAAGAAGCUGAGUUUGCCAGCUUAAGUGCCAAAAACAGGGGCUCUGACAGUGCACUGAAGGGCCACAGGACACAGACGACGAGUAAGAUGCCUGAGACAAAAUCCAUUACUGUUCUGUUUGAGCCCUCGUUCACAUUAAGUGCUCUGGGACAGCAUCGGAUUAAAACGGUGGCCGUAUCACUGCUUCUGCAGUCAUCGGAUUCCUGGUUUACGCAUCUUGUCUUACCCUUUUUAAUAUUCUGUAUAAAGGAAAAUGUUCAAAAAAUUUCUAUGUGAAAUGUGUUGUUAUGAUUUGACUAAAAACAUCAUGAUAGAGCUGACCAAUGCCUUAAAUCUGGCUAUGUUAAAAGUCAGGGACUGAUUCUUUUGAUGAAUAUUGGUUAUGAAUUUUCAAUUUGACUAAAUAUAAAUGUGUUUUCAAAAAUAUUCAGGAGUAUUUGUUGGGCAUUGCUCAUUAUGGUAAAAUUGAGCAACAGAAAUGAAUGCCUCAUUUAAUUUUUCUAUUGCAAUAAUAAUUUCGAACACGGUGGUUUUCCAAAAAGUGGUCUGCUUUCUUAUUUAAGCUCAAAUAGCACAAUCCCAGUUUUAAUAUGUGAGGAAUUUGUUUAAACAGCUCAACAUUCAGGUCCUAACCACUGUCUGGCAGCAUAUAAUGUAUUGACACUGCCUUUCUAAAUGUAAAUGGAUUGUUUUAUGAUCUAACUAUUGCAUCUUACGAGUUUUGUCAGAGUAAGAUUAUAUGAGGUUUCGUUUUUUGAGAUUUUAUUUUUUCUAAAAUUUCACCCCCAAAAUUUGAUUCCACUGAAUAUUUUUAUCAAAUGUUUGAUUUUCAAUGGUGUAAUCUGCAAGUAAUUUGAAGAAGUGUGCAUUGGUUUAAAAAAUAUUAUUACGCUGCCAUCUUUAAACACACAUCUUGUUUUUUUAUUAUUUCAAUGACUACCACUUUAUUAGUUUUGUAGUUAAAGGUAUUUGGUUUGCUUUUUGUUUUUAAACUGAGCUUUUGCAUGAUGUCACAGCCUCAAUAAAGAUUUUAUGGAAAUUA